AGUAGGAUCGGGAUGCAGUGCUGGAAGAACUGGCUCCAAGAGUUGGGCAGAAGUGAUUCCCGAAGAGGCCAGACACAGUCUGCCAGAACCACAGCUGCCUGGGAAACCUUGGGGAGGCCUCUGCAGGAAUGGGUGGUGCCUUUGAGGGGCGCGUCUGUUUGAGGCGGAGCUUUUGGGGAAGCAGGAGUGGCCUGGGCGGGCGGGGCGUGCCCGAGGCGGGGCUCUGCCGCCCUGGAUCGAGCUACACUCCAGCACCGGCCCGCAGAGGCGGCUCCGGAGGGGCGGGGCGGCCCCUCCCUCGGGUCCGCUGCGAGCCCGCGCCUCCCAAUUCCCGGAGCCGAGGAGGGCUCGCGGCGGCCGCUCCGCUGGGCUCCAGGUUGGGCUGCCGGGCGCUGGGCCAGGGCGGGCGGGAGCGGGGCGAGGGCUUGCGCGGAGGGCGGCGGCCUGGGCUCGCCGAGCCAUGGCGGCCCCGGAGCCGGCGCCGAGGAGAGGCCGGGAGCGCGAGAGGGAGGACGAGAGCGAGGACGAGAGCGACAUCCUGGAGGAGAGCCCGUGUGGCCGCUGGCAGAAGCGGCGGGAGCAGGUGAACCAAGGGAACAUGCCCGGGAUCCAGAGCACCUUUUUGGCUAUGGACACGGAGGAGGGGGUAGAAGUGGUGUGGAACGAACUCCACUUCGGGGAUAGGAAGGCCUUUGCGGCCCAUGAGGAGAAGAUCCAGACCAUGUUUGAGCAGCUGGCGCUGGUGGACCACCCCAACAUCGUCAAGCUGCACAAGUAUUGGCUGGACGCCUCUGAGGCCCGCGCGAGGGUCAUCUUCAUCACAGAAUACGUGUCGUCUGGCAGCCUCAAGCAGUUCCUCAAAAAGACCAAGAAGAACCACAAGGCCAUGAACGCCCGGGCCUGGAAGCGCUGGUGUACGCAGAUCCUGUCUGCACUCAGUUUUUUGCACGCCUGCAGUCCCCCCAUCAUCCACGGGAACCUGACCAGCGACACCAUCUUCAUUCAGCACAAUGGCCUCAUCAAGAUUGGCUCUGCACUUCCUGAUGAUCUUCGGAGCCCUAUUCGAGCUGAACGGGAGGAACUCCGAAACCUGCACUUUUUCCCACCAGAGUAUGGCGAAGUCAAUGAUGGGACUGCUGUGGACAUCUUCUCCUUUGGGAUGUGUGCACUGGAGAUGGCUGUACUGGAGAUCCAAGCCAAUGGGGAUACCCGAGUCACAGAAGAGGCCAUUGCUCGAGCCAGGCACUCACUGAGUGACCCCAACAUGCGGGAAUUCAUCCUCUCCUGCCUGGCCCGGGACCCUGCCCGUCGACCUUCAGCCCACAACCUCCUCUUCCACCGAGUGCUCUUCGAGGUGCACUCACUGAAGCUGCUGGCAGCCCACUGCUUCAUCCAGCACCAGUACCUCAUGCCUGAAAAUGUGGUAGAGGAAAAGACCAAGGCCAUGGACCUCCACGCAGUCUUGGCUGAGAUGCCCCAGCCCCAUGGACCCCCAAUGCAGUGGCGGUACUCAGAGGUCUCCUUCUUGGAGCUGGACAAAUUUCUAGAGGAUGUCAGGAACGGGAUCUAUCCACUGAUGAAUUUUGCGGCUGCUCGGCCCUUGGGACUUCCCCGUGUGUUGGCCCCACCCCCAGAGGAGGCCCAAAAGGCCAAAACUCCAACGCCAGAACCCUUUGACUCAGAGACCAGGAAGGUAGUCCAGAUGCAGUGCAACCUGGAAAGAAGCGAGGACAAGGCUCGGUGGCACCUUACUCUACUUUUGGUGCUUGAGGAUCGUCUGCAUCGGCAGCUGACCUAUGAUCUGCUCCCAACCGACAGUGCCCAGGACCUCGCCUCUGAGCUAGUGCACUAUGGCUUCCUGCACGAGGAUGACCGGACAAAGCUAGCAGCCUUUCUGGAGACCACUUUCCUCAAGUACCGUGGAACACAAGCGUGACCUUCCCAGUCCUGACAGCCCAGCAGAGAUACCAGGGCUCAGGGUUGUUCACUUGGCAAAGAGCCUCACACUGCUCAGAGCUGCUUUCUGCCUGUGUUCCCUGGAACUGAACACAGGCCCUGCUAGUGAAGACUCCUCUGCCCCCAGUGUUCUGCAGCAGUGUGGGACCCUGGGGUGGUGAUGGAGCCCUGAGCCUGGAUGGGAGUGGAUACAGGUCAGUUAGGGGAACCACUCCAUUUGGUCUGGACAACACCCAUGCCUUCAGGUGGCAUAGAAACCUGGGAAAGAAGCCUGGACUUAAAAGUAAUAGAGCCCCUUCAGGUGGCAAACAUAGUGCUGGCAUCAGACAGACAGAGCUGACCUGAUUGGAGAACCAUAGACUAGAGAGCUUGGAGUUGGACCCAUGGCCAGGAAAUUCCAUGGUUCCACUCAGACCAGUCCGGAUCCCUUGCAGACCUGCCUUGAGCCCUCUCUCUGAUAUUUCACACACCCGAGACCUGAACCUGUCCUCUCCAAAGCCCUUGGGCAGGAUCUUUCUAUUCAUCAUCCCUCUGGUCUAGGGACUCAGAGGUCAGGCAUCUUCUGCAUCCCCUCCCUGAGGAAGUUGUGUGUUUGAGUGUGAGGAUGUGGGUUCCUGGCUCCCUCUUUUUUCCCCAACCCAACUUGUUUCUCAGUCUUACUCGGCUCAAAGUCCUGGUAAAUUCUUCCCCUCAGAACCACCCUGAUUUCUUGGUUCUUGAACUGCCUCUCUUCCAACUUCAAAUUUAAAGUCUUAAACAUUUUUAAAUGUAUCUAUGAAUUUAGUGCAUUCACGUUCCUUUUUAAACAUUUUUAAAUGUAUCUAUGAAUUUAGUGGAUUCACGUUCCUUUUUAAAGACUUCAUGGGUGAAACUAGGAAAGCUCACUGUUGUAUUACUAAUAGUUCCACUUUGCUGCUGUUAACACAUAUCAUAAAAUCCAGUGGUUUGAGACAACACACAUAUAGUUCUGUACAUCAAAAGUUUGAUAUGGACUCUCAGUAGAUUAAUACCCAGGCUAAGUUCCUUUCUGGAAGGUGGGGCUCACCUCCUGCUCCUUCAAGCUGUUGGCAGAAUUCACUUCCCUGCAAUGGUAAGGCAGAAAUUCCUGUUUUCUUAACAUCUGCCAACUAAGAGCCCUUCUCAUCUUCGAGAGGCCACCAACUUUUCUUAGCUCUUCUUCCUCCCCCACUUCAGCUAGUCAUGGACUAGCUGUCUGUUUUUCCACUGCUAUGAAGUGUUUGGGCUUUUUGUGAGUAGGUUGGACCCACUUGGAUAACCUAGGAUGCGCUCUUUCUCAGGGUCUGUAGAUUAACCACACCUGCACAGUACCUUUUGCUGUCAAGACUAAUCAUCCUGGGUCUUGGUGCUUAGAGAAUGACCAUGGGCCGUGGGUGUUGUUGCUGUGUCACCUACCAUGCCAUCCUAACUGAAACCAAAACCUAAAGUAAAGCAAAUCUGUCACGGGACACCUAAUAAAUUAAAUGAACUCUAAUUAUGCAUGGUGUGACAUAGUUUAUUUUUAACAUCUACAACAGAUUGUAGAGGUAAUUAAACUGAAUUUGAGAGCA